GACUCACACACACACACAGAGACAGAGACAGACAGAGUGAGAGACGUUUUAUUGAGGGGGAAAAGUGUGACUGUUCACCAUGGAUUUAUCACCUGCGGCUCUGAUCCUGUGCUCACUAUUAUGUUCAGUUUCUGGCCAGGCUCCUGUGAUCUCAGUGGAGCCCCGAGCUGUGACUGUGCGUCAGGGGGAGUCUGUCAGCCUCAGGUGCAAAGUGGGCAGCGGUGCACGGCCAAUCCAACUGGAGUGGAGGAGAGCCAACAGCCCAGCAUUACCAGACAAUGCUAAGACUGGUCCUGAUGGCUCUGUGCUGACAUUUGUGAGCAGCAAACCUGGCAACCAGGGCCAGUACACCUGUGUGGCAUCCAACUCUGCAGGCCGCAGCAGUGCCACCGCUGUGCUGAGUGUUAAAUAUCCUCCCAAGGUGCGGGUGACACCUGCAGGGCCCCUGCAUGUCAAAAUAGGAGACCCUGCGUCAGUGGUUUGUCGUGCCACAGGCAGGCCGCGUCCCGAUAUAAGUUGGAAACGGCAAGGCUCCACCCUUCAGCUGUUUACCACUGAAUCUGAUGGCGCCAAUGGCAUACAGUGGGCUGCAGUGCGUCCAGAAGAUGCGGGGGUUUAUAUCUGCCAGGCGGAGAGCACUGAAGGGGUGACGGAUGUAAAGGUUGAGCUCAUUGUUGAGGCAGGACCGGGAGUACCAGUGGCUAAAGUGAGCACGACAGAGAUGACAGUGGUGGAAGGACAUUCAGUCACAAUGUCAUGUCAGGCCAGUGGUUCACCACCUCCUGACAUCACCUGGUCCAAGCUCAGAGCACCGCUGCCAUGGAAACACUCAGUGAGUGGUGGCGUUUUGACACUGAGCAGUGUGGGCCGCCAAGACUCGGGACAAUACAUUUGUAACGCCACCAACAUACACGGCUACAGCGAGGCAUACACGCAGAUGGAGGUAGAGACUCCUCCGUAUGCCACCUGCAUGCCUGACCACGUGAGACUUAAGGCAGGUGAGGCCCUGCAACUGCAGUGCCUCGCCCACGGCACUCAUCCCAUUGAAUUUGUGUGGAGUCGGGCAAGCAGGGCGAGGCUUCCCGCAGGAUCAAUGACCACAAAGGACGGAAAGCUGUAUGUAGCCCAUGUUCAAGUGAGUGACAGUGGGACAUACACGUGUGUGGCCACCAACCACAUUGGCUCCAGUGAGGCUGUGGCCAGAGUCAAUAUCAAAGCUUAAUCCAUUGUGUCUGAUUUGUGUCUGUGCAAUGUGUUCCCUGCAUACAUGCAUUCAUCCCUGUUGAAAUGGAUAAUAAUACUGCAGAAAACAGAAAAUGAUAUUUAAUACAAUAGAACAUUUUGAUGUGUGAAGGUGAAGGCUAGUUGUUGUGCAUGUCGGUUAAUUUUAUACUUUUAUAUAAAAUCAAUACAGUUGCUGUCGUUGCUUCUCUCACACAUCGUCCUUUGGAAAGCUUUUCUCACCUGACUGAAAUGCCUCUGCGCCACUUCACGUCUUCCUCCCUCGUUUACAAUGCUGCACUUUCAAAAUUGAAAGGAGGGCAAAACAAAUAAAAGUCUGAUAUCAUAGAA